AUGAUGAAAUCAAACAACACUAAGCCAGCCAAACGUCAAGCACAGAAUCGGCAGUCAGUCGGAUCUCCGAUCAGGAAUAUACUACCAAAUAAUUUGGGAGUACAUAUUACCAAAGCAAUAAGAAUUGGUUUCGUACUACUAUCUUUUUAUCCUAAAUCCUUGUUAUGUCUACGUUACCUGAAGUUUCUCUUUAUAACUAAACAAAUGUUUUAUGAAGGCAAACCAUACUAUGUUAAUACAGUUACAAAUGAGUCGCAAUGGGAAUAUCCUCAGCAUCCAGUCAUAUCCACAAAUAAAGUUCGAUGCUUACAUUUACUAGUGAAGCAUAAUGAAUCUCGACGUCCCUCAUCUUGGAAACAACAGAAUAUCACUCGAUCUAAAGAUGAAGCCUUAGAUUUAAUAAAAAAAUACAAACAACAAAUUGAAGCUGGUGAAUAUACAUUUGAAGAACUUGCCCGAACUGAAAGCGAUUGCAGUUCAGCUCAUUCUGGUGGUGAUUUAAAUUUCUUUAGUCGUGGUCAAAUGCAAAAACCAUUUGAAGAUGCUGCAUUUAAAUUAGAAAUUGGUGAAAUGUGUGGUCCUGUAUAUACAGAUUCUGGAAUUCAUUUAAUCAAACGAAUUGCAUAA